CAAAACUUGCACACACCGAAUAAUUCACAGUACGCAAUGACUCAAAUAAAGUUGAACCGCGUACAUUAAUCUAUAUCAGUGGUUCCCAAACUUAUUUUGUCUACCGCCCACUUUUAGAAUAAAUAUUUUUUUAGCGCCCCCCUUUUUUCACCUAUUUAAAAACCACUAUAACUUCAAAUUUAUUAUUGUGACCUAUAUAUGUAUAUUAACGGAGAAUUCUAAACGAAACUUUUACUAUAACCAGCAACUUGAAACCUGAGCGCAGUAGGUAACAUACAACGCCGCUUAGGUCUCAAGUUAACACUUACGGGCUCCACCUGCCAAUAAGAAUGAUUAUUGCAACACAACUUUAUAGUAUUAAAACAGAGAAUCUUUUAGGGGAAGGUGGGGAAUGUUGGGCCACGGGGAAUCCCGAUAUUUUUUUCCCUAGUAUAGGUUGACAGCUGCAACCAACUGUCAUCGACUCGUCUCAUACUAAGCUCAGUUUCGAUAUAGCACUCGAGCUGUGAACACGUGUUAUAACCUCUCUGCGACAACAAAAAGAAAUUCGACACUCCGAAAGUUUUUUUUCAACUCUGUGUACAGUUGAUUUUUUUCACAUUUUCCAAUAAAUUCAUCCAGGUAAAUAUGUUUAUAAUAUUAGUUGAGCCUUUAGCCUUCGACACACAAAAGAAAUUUUGCACGAAUUUACAUUGUGUUCAUUAUCCACCGCCAUUUUGCAAAUAUGAGCGUUUGGGGAAUCUCGGGCCUCUUAGUUUUUUACAUUUGACAUGCUAACUUCAUAUAUUUGACGUGUAUAAGUGAUUUUUCGUGCAGAAUUUCAACAACACAAUAGUUUUUCAACAUUUCCUGAUAGUUUCGUGCUCCGAAAAAUUUUUUUUAGUCAUUAUGCCGCGGUACUAUCCCAAACAAGAGAAAAUUGUUGAUUUCGACAACAUUUUGGAGGCGAUCAAGUCGGUGAAAAUACAUCACAACAGCGUUCGACAAUCUGCGACGGCACACAAAAUUCCGAGGACCAACCUGAUGCGUUAUAUUGCAGCAUUUGAUGGUGCGAGCAUCGACGUUACUACUGCCAAUGCCGAUGUAAUGAAGAAUUUGCUGGCUGAAAGCACGACGAUGGGCACAAAAACAAUCUUCAACAUCGAACAAGAGAAGGCGCUGAUAAGCUACAUUCUCCAGGCCAGCGACAUCAACUAUGGAAUUAGUUUGAUGGAGCUUCGUAAGCUCGCGUAUGAAUUUGCUCGGAAAGUUGGCGCGUCGUAUCCGGAUCCAUGGAACGACAAUCAACAGGCGAGUAAGGAUUGGCAGUUGGCGUUCAUGAAACGCCACAAAAAUUUGUCACUGCGAACACCAGAGCAAGUAAGCCAGAGCCGUGCGAAGCGAUUCAACAAAGAGAAUGUCGAUGCAUUCUUUGCCAACCUUUCAUCCGUUCUCGGUAAGACGCCGUUUGAACCUCACCGAAUAUAG